UUCAAUCUGCCAUCAGGACCAUACUCAUUUGGUGCCACUUGUCAUCGGCUUCGUUCAGAAAGCCAAAAUUCUUCCAGACUUGUCUGUCUACCCGCCGAAUCUUCGAUUUGCUUACAAUUGCGUUGUAUCUUCUUCCUCUUCUUCUUUCUGUUUUAGGUUUUCAAGCUUAAACAAACAACAGUCACCAUUCCAAUCAAAAUACACGGUUCUUGAAUGAAUUUCAUCAAUAUUCAGUAGAAACUCAAGUCCCUGUUAGGCGUUUAUUUUAUUUUAUUUAUUUGUUCAAUAUAAUGGGAUGCUACAGAAGAUCGAAGCUUCUAAUCGAUGCGUUUCGCGGUUUUACUUCCAAGAUUUCUCCCGGACAGUCAAUUCAGUAUUCCACUUCAAGAAAUACCCUAUCUGGGUCUUCGAUUUUGGUCUCUAAUAAUGCAGCUAAGUUUUCUUCUUCCUACUCUAUUAUCCCACAAAAAUCAGUUUCACAAGGCUUAACAAGGACCCAGUACGGUGCAAGGAGAUAUUACUAUGUUGAUCGAUAUCAGGUUCAUCAUUUCAGACCCCGAGGUCCUCGGCGCUGGUUUCAGAAUCCUAGAAACGUCUUGAUUGUGGUUCUUGUGGGUUCUGGGAUUGUGAUAACUGUGUAUUUUGGCAAUUUGGAAACUAUUCCAUACACCAAGAGAACCCAUUUCGUGCUUCUAUCGAAAGAAAUGGAGAGGAAGCUCGGAGAGACCCAGUUCGAGCAAAUGAAGGAUGCCUUUAGGGGCAAAAUAUUGCCUGCAAUACACCCAGAAAGUGUUCGGGUCAGGUUGAUAUCCAACGAGAUAAUAAAGGCAUUGCAGAGAGGGUUAAGGCACGAAAAAGUUUGGAGCGACUUGGGGUACGGAUCCGAGAGCGUUGGGCCGGGUGUUGAGGGAAGUGGACAUGAGACAUUGAUGGCCCUGAAGGAAUUUGGUGGAGAAGAGCAGGUGGAAGGAAGAUGGUCUCGCGAAGACGAGAUUCUUGAUGAUAAAUGGGUUCAGCAAAGCAGGAAGAAGGGUCAGGAAAAAGGGGUUCGAUCGGCCACUUCGCAUUUGGACGGAUUGAAUUGGGAGGUUCUGGUUGUGGAUGAGCCUGUUGUCAAUGCGUUUUGCAUGCCUGGAGGGAAGAUUGUGGUUUUUACUGGCCUCCUUAAACAUUUUAGAAGUGAUGCUGAAAUAGCAACUAUAAUUGGGCAUGAGGUGGGGCAUGCUGUUGCUAGACAUUCAGCUGAGGGUAUUACAAAGAAUCUGUGGUUCGCUAUUUUACAGUUGAUACUUUAUCAGUUCGUUAUGCCUGAUCUUGUUAAUACGAUGUCAACUCUUUUCUUAAGGCUUCCUUUCUCCAGAAGGAUGGAAAUGGAAGCGGAUUACAUAGGGCUCCUGUUAAUAGCAUCUGCUGGAUAUGAUCCUAGAGUGGCACCGCAUGUGUAUGAGAAGUUGGGAAGGGUUGCCGGCGAUGAUUCUUCACUGAAAGAUUAUCUUUCGACGCAUCCAUCCGGAAAGAAGAGAGCUCAGUUGCUGGCUCAAGCCAAGGUCAUGGAAGAAGCAUUACAUAUAUACAUGGAUGAGAGAGGUGGACGUGGGAUUGAAGGUUUUCUUUAAUACAAUUUUGAGCUCACUAUGGUUUACGAAAUUACUGUAACAGUUUGGUUUCUUUAAUUUAAUUUUUAAAGCAUCUCCUUAGAAGUAAACUUGUGGAUGGGGAUUCUUUUCAUAUGAAUUUUUGUUUUCAGUUCAAAUGUAAUUAACAUUCUGUCAUGAAUUGUAUGUUUUCUUACUAUU